UUUGACGUUAACAAAGACCAAACAAUUAAAACUUUUCUAAAGUUAUGUUCUACCAAAAAGCCGCAAAAUAUUGGGAAAAUGUUCCCUCCACUGUAGACGGUGUACUCGGAGGUUUUGGCUAUAUAACGGACAUUGAUAUUGAAGGUUCUAAGGAAUUUCUCAAUGAAAUAUUAUCUGUAAACAAACCUCCUGCACGGAACCGAGCAUUAGAUUGUGGAUCCGGAAUUGGCAGAGUUAGCAAAAACCUUUUACUGCCAUAUUUUGAUAAGGUAGAUUUGGUAGAGCAAGACGAAAAGUUUAUAAGGACGGCCAAACAAUUAAUUGGGGAUAAUUGCAGAUUAGGAACAUUCUACCAGACUGGAUUACAACUGUUUAAGCCGCAAGAAAGGUAUGACGUCAUCUGGUGCCAAUGGGUCCUUGGACAUCUGGACGAUUAUGAUUUAAUUAACUUUUUAGAGAGAUGUAGAGAUGCACUUCACAAAAAUGGAAUUAUAGUGGCCAAGGAAAAUGUAUCAAGUAAUGAAUUGGAGUAUGAUGAUGUUGAUUCGUCUGUAACACGCCCAAGUUAUUUGAUGCUCAAAAUUUUUGAUGAAGCCAACUUGAAGGUGAUAAAAACGAAGAUUCAAACUGGUUUUCCUGAUGAUAUCUAUCCAGUAUAUAUGUUUGCGUUGGAAUCAAAACUCGAAAAGUAAUCAAACUCGACAAUAAAUAAAUUUAUUAUUUUAAAAAUGUUUGUGGAAACCAAAAUUCUAUAUUAAUUAAUACUUUGUUACAAUGACAGAUUAAUCUGACAGUGGAGUAUAUAUUCUGCAUACUAUAUCUUUUGUAUUAAAAAUUUUACCUUAUAUAAAACAAAUAACUAGAUUAGAUUGUGUCUCCUACUACUACUGCUACCAAUAAUGAACUGUUGAUCUAAUCAACAGUAUGUUUUUUUACCAAAGUGAAAUAAAGGAAAAGAUGUAGUAGGCGGCCAAGUAAUUGUUAAGACCUACAAAGAACUAUUCAAAAGAAUGAUAAGAGAUUACCACGUAUUCGCAAAGUAACGGUCUGCGAAUUCAUAAUCAUAAUGAAAAAGGCUUAUCUAUGUAGUGUCGAAUCGUGUGCUGACUUCAUCACGAACUUGGAGACGUGCCAUAGUUGAGUGGAUUCACAGCGGUUACGAAAGUCAAUUUGAAGUUUUAAUUCAAUGCUGUUUCAAAUCGUAAAACUUAUUUGGCAAGUAGUUUUAAAGACAAAGAAAAAUUUAAGAGAAAGAUAUAUGAAAAGUGAAUGCAAUUCAAACAAUUCAAAGGCAGGCAGUUCACAGUAUGAGUAUAUAUAUGAGAGGUGGCAUCUCUAAACACAAAUAACACAUUGAAUGAACACAUUUUGGCACGAUCGCAGGAUUACCAUGCGACAUUAGGUUUGUUAAAUAAACAAAUUUUUAUUCUU